AUGCCGGCGAGACUUCUGAAAAUGUGCCACGUCUACUGUCUGACUGGAUAUUACCAUGCAUUCAAUGGACUCCGGACUAGAUCUCUAUCCUCGACUUCAGACUCUUGUCAUACUGACACUAAAACCGUAGUUGUGUGUAAAGCUUCGGCGGCCACUAACAGGCAAGAAUUUUCACACUCUCAUUCUACUCUAUCUACCUUGUGUAAACAACAGAGGCCUCAGCUGCCUCCACAUCAAUCUCGUCUGAUUUCGAGUGGCGUUGGACAGGACGAAGAUGAUGCUUCAUACGAAAAUCCAAUGCAAGCGGAAGCUGAAGACGAUCGAGAUGAAGAGGCGGGGGUAAGACAGGAAAUUGAGGCAGAUACAGGGAUAGCGAUGGCUUUAUUGACCUUAACAAACAGACAAGACAAGCUGAAUAUUCAUCCACUCAUUUCCCCGCUUCCUGCUCUUAAUCUAUCUAAUAGUAAUUGCUCCACAACUGGUGUUGAUAGAUCCCGAUGCUUUUCGAUCAGGCGAUCCAGCCUAACCGACCAAUCCUCUCAUAAUCUGGAUCAGUGUACUGGUUUCCUUCCUCAUGAUUUCUUCUCUGAUCAGCCAAAAGAUCUUGAUAUCCCCCUUCACAGUAUGGGUGAGUCAUGUGUCACUGGGCCUCCUAGUGCAAACGCUGUGAGUAGCUUUGGAGCUGAUCGACCCUGCUAUGCUCGUCCUGGACCUUCUGGGUCUCUAAUCGCUCCUUACCAUCUCCAGAUGCUCACCUCCCAAUCAGACUCAUCUAGCACUCAGGAUUCCCAAAUUCUGACUCUUAAUUCUGGAGACCCUUCAACUCAGUCUUCUGGUUUUCAGGGUCAAUAUGAUCGUUUAAGGGUGAAGCGUCAAGCUGCGCAUACUCCACCCUACCUAGUUACUCCUACUGCUUUUGUCUCUGCAACUAGCUCUUGUAUAAUGCCCAAAGGUGGGAAUAUUGCAGAAAACGGCAAUAAUGUUAGUAAUAAUGCGUGUAGUAGCAACUUCAUCCUUGGUUCUGAUAGGCUUUUUGACUCUGUGGAUUCCAGCAAUAUUGUUUCAUUCCCUGGUGCCGGGCAAUUUUCCCGCUCUGUUAUGAUAACAACUACACCUGCAGUCUCUGAAGUCCCUGUUACUUCUUUUGCUAUGGUAACCUCGGCGAUGUCUAUUUCAAGCCCUGCUGCUUCGAUAUAUUCCGUCCGGGAUGACAGUAAUCUAGUUCAUCUGCACCAACAGCCCUCUCCUUCAACUCCCUUAUCCAGCUCUCGACUUGCCUCAUUGGACAAGGAAGUGGCAAGGAAAUUAGCCACCGAUUGCUCAUCCUCUUCAUCCGUGGCUUCUACGCUACCGUCCUCAGCUUCACCUUCCAUCUCUGUCAUUCAUGCAGCAUCAGGCUCUUCUUCCCUCUUGUCCUCUCUUCCUGUUGGCCAUGUUGGAGCGCCGACAUUGCAGACGCUUGGCGGACCAAAUUUUAUGGCAAUCGGCCAUGAUGCUGUUAUGGCAUUGCAUAAAUCACAUAUCUCUCAUAGAAAGCAUCUACAUCUAAAUUGUCAAACUGAUCAUCUUUCAGCAACUCCGCUACCAUCGCCUCCUCAAUCACAAUUACAGCAGCCCUUGCAUCUUCAGGGCUUUAGAGAUCACGAUAGUCUUCUAAUAGGUGCUAAUCAGGUCGGUUUCAAUUACUCUAUUUAG